AUGUUCAUGUGUAUCUGUUUCAUUUCCUCCAGGUGUCCCCACAAGCCAUUAUCUGUAUUAGUUGUUACAAUGAGUGCAAAAGAAAGUAAAGUACAUGCAUUUGUGCGAGUCAAGCCAACAGCUAAUUUUCCUCAAGACAUGAUCAAGUAUGGGCCAGACAAUAAGAGCAUAGAUAUUUACAUCAGGAGAGAUGUUAAGAAAGGUGUCGUCAAUAACAAGCAGACUGAUUGGUCCUUUAAACUGGAUGGUGUUCUUCACAAUGCCUCCCAGGAUUCGGUUUAUGAUGCAGUAGCUAGGGACUUGGUAUCCCAAGCUCUGGAUGGCUAUAAUGGCACUAUAAUGUGCUAUGGGCAAACAGGAGCUGGUAAAACAUACACCAUGACAGGAGCAACUGAAAACUACAAGCAUAGAGGAAUCAUACCCCGAGCUAUACAGCAGGUGUUCAGGGCAGUUGAAGAACACAUCGAUCAGUCCAUCACUGUCCGAAUGUCCUACCUGGAAAUCUACAACGAGACUCUCUUCGACCUUCUCUCCACUAUGCCUCAUGACAUGUCCGGUGACACUCACAUGGCUGUAGUGGAGUACCCACAGGGUGUCUUUGUGAAGGGCUUAUCUAUGCAUCCAGCCAGCCACGAGGAAGAUGCUUUAAAUCUCCUGUUUGAGGGUGAGACCAACAGAAUAAUAGGUGAACAUACUCUGAAUAAAAAUUCAUCCAGGUCCCAUUGCAUAUUCACUAUCUAUAUUGAGUCUCAUUCCAGAAUUUUGUCAGAUGCCAAAUACACUGCUUCAAAAAUUAACCUAGUGGAUCUGGCAGGUUCAGAGAGACUGGGGAAGACUGGGUCCGAGGGGCAGGUUCUGAAAGAAGCCACAUAUAUCAACAAAUCUUUGUCAUUCCUUGAGCAAGCUAUCAUUGCACUGGCUGAUCGUAAGAGGGACCACGUCCCCUUCCGGCAGAGCAAGCUCACCCAUGCCCUUAAGGAUUCAUUAGGGGGAAACUGCAAUACAGUCCUGGUGGCAAAUAUCUAUGGUGAAGCUGCUCAGAUAGAGGAGACUCUGUCCUCUCUCCGUUUUGCUACCAGAAUGAAAUGGGUCACAACGGAGCCAGCCAUCAAUGAGAAAUACGACCCAGAGCGGAUGGUCAAGAAUCUGGAGAAGGAGAUUGUUCUUCUGAAGCAGGAACUAGCCAUGCAUGACAGCUUGGUCAACCGUUCUCUGGUGAAUUAUGACCCUCUGAAUGAAAUCCAGAUAGCAGAGAUUAACUCUCAAGUCCGCAGGUACCUAGAAGGAGCCACAGAUGAUAUUGAUAUAAUGAACAUCAGACAAAUCCAAGAGGUAUUUAACCAGUUCAAAGUGAUUUUAAGCCAACAGGAGCAGGAAGUGGAAGCCAGACUACGAAACAAAUACACCCUGAUAGACAAAGGUGACUUUGCAGCCAUUACUGCUGCUCAGAAGGCAGGCCUGGUUGAUGCAGAGGGCCAUCUAGUGGGGGAAGUGGACGGACAGGGCUUCGGGAUUGGAGUUGCUCCUUUAUCCAAACCCGGCGGGAAGAAAGUUAAAGCCAAGAAAGCCAAAGAGCAGCUUAGCCCCACUACCAGGAAGGAAGGAUUAGGAAGCCCUGUUUUGGGGAAAGAUCUGGAUUCUGUUUCCCCAUCAAGGAGUGUGCUGGUAACUUCCGCAAAGGAUUUGGAUGUGAAGGAGGGACUAAUACGGGAGCAGGAUGCAGCUAGUAUUGAAACACAUCGCUCGGAGUCAGUGCCCAAGGAGGAGUCCCACCGACCGAGUUCCCCUCCCGCUAAGCUGGUGGCAUUUGAGGAGUUUAAAAAUGAGCGAGGAAGUGAGAUCAACCGGAUCUUUAAGGAGAACAAAGCCAUCCUCAGCGACAGGAAGAAGAAAGCGAGCGAGAUCACCCACAGACUCAACCUAAUAAAACAGGAGAUGGACAUCACCAAACAGGCCCUCGGGGCCCAGAAGAAGGAGAGGGAGGAGCAGGGUAAGUGGCAUACAGAAUGGAUCGGACAACACCGAUCUGAGCAGGGAGA